CUAGAUGUUGGAUCUCAUCCUGUCCUCUCAUUGGCUGAGGCUGGAAAUCAGGUGAAUGUUACCUGUGCUUCAGAUGGAUGGAAACCAAAGCCCACCCUCACCUGGAAAAACAGAACAGGAAAUGUACUUACUAACAGUACUGACCUUUAUAAAAUAGACAAUGCAGAUUUUACGAGCGUGAGAUCUUGGUUGCUAGUCUUUCCCUCAGACUCAGACUUAGACUGGAUCUCGUGUUCUGUGAGUUCAUCUGAUACUAAAACCACAAAGGAGGGACGAGUGCUACCUCUCAAACCGGCCUCAGUGGGAUUAUCUGCUGGAUGGAGAGCCUUCGUGAUCUUACUGGCCAUCAAUCUGUUUGCUUUGACUGUAAUAGCAAUCCUCAGCAUCCCCAAGAUUAGAGGCCACAUUUUCUUGAAAGGUCCUUCCUCAGAAGGUGAAGUGGAAGAGCACACACUUCUCGCUGGGGAAAAUGGUCUUCUACCAAACCCAGACAACAAUGGACUCUCUGAAACCUCAGUUUCAGAAGAAGAAACAGAAGACGAAAUUCCAGAAACAGCUGACAAAGAAACAAAUACGGAAGAAGAAAUUCCAGACUGGGGAAAGAUGCUUGCAUGUAAAGUUGCUAUAAAGCCAGAUGCAUCAACUACAUCUUUUCUGGAAGUUGGAAAGAGCCAAACGAGAAUAACGUGUAAAUCAGUCACCAACGAGGCCGAUUUUGUCCACGUUCUUUGUAAAGAGAGGAUCCGUUCCGGGCGGUUCUACUGGGAGAUAACUGCACUGACAGAACCUCCAUCUGCUCCAAAGAUUGGCAAGUCCUACGAGUGUCCAACGUCCUGGUACAUUGGUGUAACCAAUGAAUCAGCAGAGAAGAAUAAAAAAGUACCUUUAACUCCAGAGAACGGCUACAGAGUUCUUCAGUACGAUAAAGAGAAAGGAUAUUAUGUUCAUGAUUUCUCUCUGACUCAGGUUCUAGUGAGAGAUAGGUUCUCUAAACUGGGAGUGUUUUUAGACUGUGUGAAGCACAAGCUCUCGUUUUUCGACUGUGAUAAAAAGUCCCAUCUCUAUACUUUCUAUAAUGUAGACUCCACAGAGCCACUGAUUCCUGUUUUAAGCCCUGGAGACAAACUUCAACAUACAAUUAUGGUAUGUGAAGAACAGUGUAUUAAUCAUGACAAACCUUAUGCAUAACCCAGUCUCUGGAGUCCAGAUUGCUGUUGUGUAAUAACUACACAAAUUUGGAGAACUUGGAGAUUUAACUGUUUAUAGGUUUUGGGAUUUGUGGAGAAUAAAAUAGUUUACUAUGUAAAUACUACACACAAACUGUCCCUUACAGUGUGUAAAAAAUCAGUAGAAGUUCUCCAAAAUUACCUCAAAAAACUUUUUCCAUUGAAAUUUAAGAAGGUUUUAUCUCUUUAUUGUAAAUUUGCUGUCUUGUUGAUACUGUUUUGUUCAUUGGACAGCGACAGUAUACAGGUCCUUAUAAGAAUACUGUGCCUUUUGGCCCUAACAAAGCUUCAGUUACUGGACUUUUAAUUCUGUUAAAUAUUAAUCAUAUUUAUAAUACUUAAUUUCCCAGCUUAAUUUCUUUAUAUGGGACAGUUUUUUUUUGUGAAAAUUGCUUUUAUUUAUUAAAAACAUGUUAAAUAGUUCAUUGUAAGCUUUUUCUGUUUCAAAGAUACAUUCAAUUUUUUUAUUAUACUAAAAUAAAUGUGAUAUUUUCUCAUGACAAGUUGGACAACUUAAGGUUUACGUCAGUUAAAUAUGGAGACAAUAUAAGAAAUAUUAAGUUUCAGUCCCUUGAAACUUAAAAAAUAUGUUGGUUGUGAUGUCAUUGAUUUUUGUAAUAUUUUAUCAUAACAGGGUUGGAAGUUUAUAACCCACCACAUUAAAUAUCCAGAAAGUAUGAUUGUUAUCUUAAGUAUAGUACGUGGAGGAACCUUCAAUAUGUUGUAUAUAAAAUAUCUGUUUUUUUUCAGGGUUUUUUUUCUUAUUCUCUUCUGAGUGCAUUGAAUGUAUUUCACUAAUAUACUAUUUUGAGUUUUAAUCGUCCUAUAAUUUAAUUCUGUCUUUUUUUUUUUUAACUUCAAUUUGUAUCUAUAUUUAGGUGGGGUUCUCUCAAGACGACAGUGUAUUCUUGGCGUGUUUAAAUAGCUUGAAAAUAGCUAAAUAAACAAUUCAAAUGAC